AUGGAUGAGCUCCAGAGGAAGUUCGACAAGAGGGACGGAUCCCCAGAGCCUCAGGAUGUGUUGUCCUCCCCGUUCGCAAACGCCAUCAUGGAGGAGCCCUUACCUCGAGAUUUUCGCUUUCCCACCAUUAAAGCGUACUCGGGGACCACGGACCCACGGGCACACCUGACCAGGUACAGAGCCGCCAUGAUGAUCACCGAGGCGACAGACGCCAUCCUGUGUAGGGGGUUCUUCGCCACCCUGGACGGGCAGGCGCAUGACUGGUUCGGAUCCCUCCCGGCGGUGUCCAUCUCCACCUUUGCGGACCUCACCCAACAGUUCCUAUCCCAUUUCGCCAUCAGCAUACAACGGAAGAAGCAAAUUGCCGACCUGUGUGAUUUGAAACAGGGGAGCUCAGAAUCACUAGCCGAGUACCUCAGCAAGUGGAAGAAAGAGGUCAUGGGGGUCGCCGACUUUGAUGCGAAAUCGGCCAUGGUAGUUUUCCGGAACAACUUGAGGUCGGGCGCUUUUCACCAAAACCUCAUCAGGUACACCCCCAGGACCUACACCGACCUGAUGGACAAGGCAGCAAGGUACGCUGACGCCGAGGCUGCCGAGAAGAGGAAGAAGGAGCAAGAAGAAGGAAGAGGUCGAAAAGACAAGGCACCCUAG